GUGGUGGCUGCAGCGGAUCAGAGAGAAGCGUGUGUUGAGCCUCGUGUGUUCGUUUUGACUUAAGUAUAAGGGAAUGUGAUAAGACAUCACCUGCUUGCAUUUUAAUUCCCAUCCAUUUCACUGUUGGAACCGUCGCUGAAUUUACCAUGAUGUAACCGGGUGGGUCCGUGAUGUACCAAAGCCGGGAAAGAGCAACCUUCUCGAGGUCCAGGUUGAGGCCUACUUAUUAAAUCCCCCUCCUCCCUCAACACCAUCAUGAUGGCUGAUGAUCAACAACCUGGUCAGCACCAGACCACUGGUUCUGGGAUGGGAUCCUUGCCAUCUCUGGUUCCAGGAUUACAAGGGACUGAAGCGAGUGCAUUGCAGCUCAAAAUAAAGAACUCCAUCUGCAAAUCUGUACAAUCCAAAGUGGACGGCAUUUUGCAAGAUGUGGACAAGUUUACAGACAUUGAGAAACUCUACCUCUACCUUAAGUUGCCUUGUGGGCCCAGCAAUGGCAAUGAAAAAAGCAGUGAGCAGAACUCAAUGUCGUCCAGUCGCACCCAGCAGAUGCACGCGUUCAACUGGAUCCGCCACCAUCUGGAGGAGCACCCGGAGACCUCGCUGCCUAAGCAGGAGGUCUACGACGAGUACAAGAGCUACUGUGACAAUCUCAGCUAUCACCCCCUCAGUGCCGCUGACUUCGGAAAGAUCAUGAAAAAUGUCUUCCCCAACAUGAAGGCACGCCGGCUGGGCAUGAGGGGCAAAUCAAAGUACUGCUACAGUGGCCUGAGGAAGAAGGCCUUUGUUCAUAUGCCCUCUUUGCCCAAUCUAGAUUUACACAAAACAGGUGAUGGGUGUGAAGUGCUGGAGUCGUCGGGCCAGCUGGCCACUGCGGAGGAGGAGGUGCGCUCGGCCGCCUGCGGCCUGGUGUGUGAGUGGGCCCAGAAGGUUCUGAACCGGCAGUUUGACAGUGUGGAGGACCUCGCUCGCUUCCUGCUCAACAGCCACUACAUUGGCACUAAGUCGGUGGCGGCACUGACUGUUAUGACUGGAUCACCCUCAGGCGUUAAGACGCCCCUGCAGACCUCAGCAUUUGUGCCCAUGGCAGACGCUCACGCCUUCCAGCCGCAGAUGAAGACGCUCCCGUCCCCCUCCAUCGACGCCAAGCAGCAGCUCCAGCGCAAGAUCCAGAAGAAGCAGCAGGAGCAGAAGCUGCACUCCCCUCUCCCUGGCGAGGCCCACGCCAGGCGGGCAGACAGCGCCACUCCCGGGGCCGGCGGUGCCAUCCCGUGCGGCAGCCCGGCUCUCCUCUCUCCUCAGCCCACCAUUGGCAUUGUGGUCGCUGCUGUGCCCAGCCCUGUCACGGUACAGAGGAGUGGGCAGUUGAUGACCUCCCCCAGCCCUGUGCCAAUGUCAGCGUCGGAUGGCAAAGUCCUGCCGGUCAACUUCCAGGUUGUGACCCCUGUGCAGCAGGUGAAACAGUCCCCCAAGACCCCCCAGAACGUGCCCGCCAGUCCAGUUGGAGACCGCUCGGCCCGCCACCGGCAGAUCCUGCCCAAGCCCUCGGCCACCGGUGCCCUCACCCUGCGCUCGCCGCCCACCCUCCUCAUCACCAACAGCCCCAUCAAGACUGUUAUGCCAACCCCACACGUCAGCUCGGUCAACGUGGUCAAGAUGACAGCCAUAUCCCUGGGGUCCAGCAGCAGCAGCGGAGGCAGCAGCUACAGCACUACCACCACCACCGCCGCCAUGGCCGGCUUCACCAGCACCUCCUUAAGACCUGCCUCCGCUGGUCUGGCCGGCCCCAGCCUCUCUGAGGACCACAGGCCCAGUCCGCAGGUCCGGAGUGGGUCCGCCGUGCCAAUGCUGUCCUCGGUGGUCCGGUCGGGCGAUCCACUCGCGUCCGCCACCGACGGCAAGAUGGAGCUCGAAGCCAUAAAGCAGGGUGGCCAAGCCCAGAGCGGCACUACCAGAUCGGGUGCUACUCAGGAACCAGCUGGGCAGCACAGGGGUGCCAUGCCCAGGGCCGCCAGUGUGCCCACCCCUCUAGUCAAGCCCACCCCAGGAUUAGACCUCUUAUCUGGGACCAAAUAUAACGGCAAAACCCCGCUCAAUGGGGGCGGCGGUACGAUGGCGCCUGGCAGCAAUAAUUCAAACAACUAUAACGACAGCACUUUGUUUCUGAGCAUCGCCAAUCAGAACACCAGCACUGCUCCCUCGUCGUCCAGCACCACCGUGACUACCAGCCCGCCAAAGGAGAGCGCCCUGGCCUCCAGGAGCCCCCGCAAGCGCCUGGGCCCCGAGUCCAGUCUCACGCCUGUGAAGAAGGUGUUUAUAACCCAGCACUCGUUCGGAGCGCCCGAAGGGUUCAAGCCGAUGCUUGGCGCCUCUGUGAAGAGAGGACUUAGGCUGGGAGCUCCAGCUAGGCCCGAGAGUGCCCCCGCCAGCGCAGCGACCCCCAGAGUCACCGUGAGGAUGAACUCGGCGACCCCUACGCGAAUCCUGUCCCUCUCGGACUCCCCCGCCGGUAACGGUGGCUUCCGGACAAUUGCCGAACACCAGCAAAACCCCACGGGGCAGCAGGGAAAAUGUGAAGGUGCUACAGUUGGCAUGGCGACCCCUACCAGGAGUGCCUCCGCCGGGCAGGUGUUGCCGUCGCAACACAUGAAUAAUCCCCAAGCCAUAACUGCUGAUGUGGACAUGCUGGAGUCUUCAGCUGUUAACGAGCUGAAGAAUGCCAUGUGGGCAGAAAGCCAUAUGGAGGCUGUCCAGCAGCACCACCAACAACAGCAGCAGCACCAACAACAGCAGCAGCACCAACAACAGCAGCAGCACCAACAACAGCAGCAGCAAAAACAACAGCAACAACAACAUCAACAACAACAACAGCAACAACAGCAACAACAGCAACAACAUCAACAACAUGCUCCACAGCAACAGACAGCCCUUUCCUGCAUGAGCCACACCCCCACCUCUGGCCAGAUGGGCCAGGUCCAGCCAGGCAUGAUGGACUUUGGAGGAGGGCCCCCACCCAACAUGGACUUCUCCUUCCCCUUCCACGAUGAUGAUAUGACCCAGGACAGCAUCGUGGAGGAGCUGGUCCAGAUGGAGGAGCAGAUGAAGCAGAUGAAGGCCAUGCAGUCCCUCGGCGGCUGCGUGGACAUGGGAAGCAGCCAGGGCCAAGCCGUCCCCAUGCAGGGCACCAUGACGACCCCCCACCACCACACUAGCACGCCGUUCUACAGCUCGGCCCACGGCAGCACCACUCCCAUCCAGACGCCCACCCCGACGCCCACCCCUACCCCUACCUCGGAGAUGGUGGGAGGGCCACACGGCUUGACCCGGGAAAGCCCCUGCUCCCGCGUGGCACCCAGCACACCCGUGGACAGCGCCCUAGGGAGUAGCCGUCAGACGCCGAUCGGGACGCCGCACUCGAACUGCAGCAGUGUCCCGCCGAGUCCUGUGGAGUGCAGGAACCCGUUUGCGUUCACGCCCAUCAACUCCAGCAUCACCGGUUACCACGACAGCAGCAUUGUGUCCAGCAGCCCGGUCAAGCCCAUGCAAAGGCCCAUGGCCACCCACCCGGACAAAGCCAAGCUCGAGUGGAUGAACAACGGUUACAACAGUGGCGGAGGAACGUCCAGCAACAGCAUCAGCAUUCUCCCCAGCUACCAGGACUUGGUGGAUGACCAGUUCCGAAAGCCCCAUGCCUUCGCCAUCCCUGGCCAGUCCUAUCAGUCUCAGGUGAGGCAUCACGACACGCAUAUCAGCCGUCUGACGCCCAUCUCCCCGGUACAGCAGCAGGUAGCCAGCAUGUCCACUCUCGGCAAACAGGAGGGCUUCGCUGUGCCCGCUCCGCUGGACAACAAAACUGGCACGUCCACCUCCUCGAGUGGAACGUUCAGGUGCCGCAGCGUGAGCCCUGCAGUGCGCCAGCGGAACCUCAGCGGGAACAUGAGCGGCGGCGGUGGUGGGGGUGGGGUGGGUGCCAUGCCCAACGUCCCUCGGUCUGUCGUGUCGCCGUUCAACUCCCCUGUGACUCCGGAAGUGCUGAACAUCUUCGCCAACAGCCACGGAGAGAUGGGCGUUGGCGCCACCAGCGUCAGUAUGGCUCAGCGGAGCCAGUCGGUGCCGCUGAACGUGAUGAUGCAGACAGAAGUCCUGCCCAUGCAGAUGGCCCAGCAGCAGCAGCAGCAGCAUCAGCAGCUUCAGCAGCAGCAGCAGCAGCAGCAGGCCGGCCCCGGGAAGAACAACAUCACCAGCGUGCUGUUGAACAAGAUGGACAGUGAUGGCGACGAGGCCGUACGGGGACUCGGCAUCAACAACCUGCCCUCCAACUACACCGCCCGCAUGAACCUCACACAGAUCCUGGAGACCUCUGCCGCCACCGGCUUCCCUGGCAGUGCCAACCAUCAGGCUAUGGUCUCGCCCGUUCCUGCGCCUCCGCCGUAUGAGUUUCAGAAGCCCGGCUACCUCAUGAAGAACGCCAGGGGAGAGCAGGUCAGCUUUGCUGUUGGCAGUGGAGUCGGCCAGUCAAUGUCAGGGUUGCAGCAACAACAACAACAACAACAACAGCAGAUGCAGGAGCAACAGGAGCAGAAUCAGUCUCUGAUGCUGCAUCAGCAGCAGCAACAACAGCAUCAGCAACAGGAGCAUCAGUUAGACUUCAGCAGCACAGUUAAGGACUUCCUGGGGGAGGACAGCCUCAACCCGGGCCCUCGAAUGGUGGGCCAAACAUCAGAGCUUAAUACCACCGUAGGCUCCGAUUUCUCCAACAAUAUGCGCCUGACCUCUGACCUUUCCAGCAGCAUCAGUGACUUGAACACUCUCGACGCCAAUCUUCUGUUCGACCCCAAUCAGCAGCAGGGACAGUAUGAGGACUCAACACUGGAGGAAUUGAAGAAUGAUCCACUCUUCCAACAGAUUUGCAGCGAGACUGUGAAUUCUACUGGGUUUGACUGGUUGGAAAGUAAAGACCAGACCACAGUAGAAAUGUUGGGCUAAUGUUUAUAAAUAAUAUACAUAUAUUUGUAUAAUUUGGAAAUUGUUAUGUUUUUUGAUGUUUCUGUUUUUUUUUAAACUGUUUUUGUAAUUUUACACAGGGGGAAAACAUUGUAUAGCACACUGCUGCAAGUAUCUGGAAUGCUGACAUUUGUUUAGACUCAGUGCCAGGCUGAACAGAAAUUAACACCUUUUUCAAGUAUGCUGGUUCUCUUUUACAAAACUGUUGGUGCCACACAGCUUAUUGCUAGUGCUGUCACAUUCAUUUCAGGCUUGGCUGUUGAGGUCAUAGGAAGAUGAAGAUGAUGAUGAUGAUUAUAAUGAUGACGACGACGAAGAGUUUCUUGUGGACAAGUUAGUGUUAAGUCUUGUGUUAAGGGUACAGUAUGUCCUAGAGCGGCCAAACAUCUGCACUUCCAUAGUUAUCUGGGUUUCUAUUUGUUGUUUUGUUUACACCUAGGGGUUUUUCAUAGUUGUGAACAGAUCAAGAUUAGACAGAUGCUAUCAUGAACAACAACCGUUCAUGUCUCUCGUUCAGUGAAGUCAUGUACUCAAACUAAAUUUAGUCAGCACCUGGUUCACUUUGUCUUUAUGUACAGGGUACAUAGUAAUGUAACCAUAGUGGAAUUUCCCAAACUGAGAUUGGAAUUGAUAGAAGAUUGAAUUAAGACCAGGUGUGGCAAGAGAGGCUGGUCUAUUGCAAAUAGUCUGGAUCACUGCAAAAAUAUCUUUUGCAAAAAUGUAUUUUGCAGUCACUGGAAAUAAUUAAAAAGGGAACACCAUAAUACUAAUUGAGCACUGUUAAAUACCAUCUCUUACUUAGGAUAUGCAGCUUUGUCAAAAAUAGUAUUUGCACAGUUCAUCACUGGCAGCUUUCAAAAAUGAUUAAUUACAAAAUGUCACCGUGGUCUGUGCUGCAUCUUUGUUCGAUGUAUGUAGAUGUCUAAAAUUAUAUGCAAUAUUACUGCAAGAGACAAAUUAGAAAAGAAUCAAUCACUACCUAAAUACAUAGGUACUCUAUUAUGCAACAAGCAACUUUAAUCUAUAGAACGGAAGAAGAGGUCAGUAUAGCUUUUUAUCUCUGUUGUGAUCUCCAGAUUUAUAUAAAAAAAGCACUUUUUGAAUUAGUUAACAAUGCUGUAUACAUUAUUGCUUAGGUGCCAGAAAUGGAAGAACAAUAUUAAGGUCAAAUUGAAUUAUGUAGUACUGCCUUUUGGCAUUGAUCAUCCCAAUGUUUUAUCUCAGGGUUUCUAGGGUAUAAUUUGAAAUAGACUGAUAUAUAGUAAUUAGUACGAUUUGUCUCCUAACAGUUGUUAAAACAGCUGUGCUGACAAUUAUUAUUUUUUCUGUUAUCUUAUAAAACUUUACCAAAUUGACCUCAGUUUGAUCAUAUUUAAGAACAACCACUCAGCUUUAAAUAUUUGUGUGAGGCAAGAGAAGAGAUUGACAUGGUUGAUAUUGUAGAGUUAUGCAAAAUGGCUGUUAAACCCUUACUGAAACAUUUGUAAUUGUUACACAGGGAAAAUAAUCUAUAAGGGAGAAGAGAUAUAUUGGGUUGAAAAUAUGCCAUCGGGGUACCAAAGUGGAUUACAUACAUAUUGCUUUAGUCACAACUGUAAAUGUUGGGGGAAAGAUUUUAUAAUGGAUUACAUUUUUUAUUAUUCAUUUUGAAACUAUGCAUUUUUUUAUUUUCAUGAUACAGCUGCUCGUCUAGUGAUGUGGCUGCAGGAAUUUGUAACUUAUUGGUUUGUUAUGCAUUUCUCAAUCUGAUAUGCAUUUUGUAUUUUCAUUAUUUCUAAAAGCUGAUCAAAUGUUUUGAAUCCUCUAAUGUAGAUUAAUUUUGUAAUUCUGUUUAAUAGAGAUAUGUGACAUGAAAUUGACAGUAUCUUUCAGUACAAAUACCUGCUGAAAGUACAAGACAUUGUUAAAGGUAGUAAUUGAAAGAAUUUUUGCAAAUUUUUGGCUGGAAAUGAGGUAAAAACCUGAACGGUAAAUCAGACAUUUGAGUUUGUGCCUGGAAAUAUCAUGAUCAAGACGCACAAUCUGCUACUAAGUCAUGUGGUUAUUGUGGACUGUAUGCCUUCAUAGCCUUAUGUCCAUACCAAAGAAACCAUUCAAAUGGAUAGAAAAGAUCAAAUCAUCAUCAAGGGGGUCCAUGUCCUCUGCCGAUAGAUUUCAUGUUGUUCUGACACUUGCUAAAAUGGCCCCGGUGGUCAUUGUGAUGAACCCUUUUUAUUGCUGUUGAAUCUGAAGUGUUAGGAUCAGUAUUUGUACUUUGCAGCUCAAGCAUCUUUCUCUUUAGCACUGGGGUAUCUUAUUGACAAGUAAGCUGGAAACCACACUACUGUUAUGGUUUAGAAAGAACCAAUGUAGCAAAAAGAAAUGUUUUACUUUGUAAUUGGCUGACUGUUCUCUUCAUAUUGAAUCUUUACGUUGUGUAAAUAAUAUCAAAAGUUGCACCUGAAGAGACUGCACUGUAUACACUAUGAAUAUUUGCAGAUGGUGAUUCGAAGCACCUUCACUGACACUAUACUGGUAGUAAUGGAUCAGGACUUGGUUUAUAAGUGCUGUUUGUAUCCAUACCUGGUCCCUGUUCAUGUACAGAAAAUAUGUGUGCGUGUGUUUCUUUUUUUUUGUUUGUUUGUUUUAAUAUUAUGUGUGGCUUAUUGAGAUUGAAUAGUGACCUGUCUUUGCAGAAGAGAGUACUUUGAGUGAAUAUAGCAUGGUUUAUUAACAAGAAGUAUUACCAUAUAUUACCAGGUUGCAUAUCUUUCUGUGAUAAAUGAAAAAAAAAAAACUCAUUAGACACUGGAAAGUUCCAUUUAGAUUUCUACAAGCUUCUGAGGUUCAUGUUUAUUGCACUAAAUCUUUGAUUUAUUUAUGAACCAUCACUUGGGCAUCUUAUUAGGACUAAAGCUGCGAUUGGAGCCCACAAAAAAUAUUUUUGAAGAACUUCAAAAAUAGCUUAAAAAUGAAGUGUCAUCAAAAUGUGACCGUCAAUUGUCUUAUGUAGCAAUGUGCAUUAAUCUCAGUGAGAUAAAGCAUUAUCUAACUUCUCAUACGUGAGAAUGUGAAUAACUUUAAAGGAAGUAAAAACAGAAAUAAGAAUGGGAUAAAAGCUGUUCAGGAAAACAAACACCAUGUUCAUUUAGUGAUUUUAUAAUGUGCAUGUUUGUAGAAUUAUAUUGUACAGAUAUUCAUAUGCUUACAAGGCCAGGUUCUGUCUGUCAGAAAGGUAUAGCUACUCACCGUUGCGUUGUUUGAUGUUUACUAAUUCUGAGGAAUUAUCCUUGUUCAUUUUUAAUUGGUUCUGUUGAUGUUUGUUUAUCUUCUAUCUGUCAAAAUUGUAUGUGAAGAGAAGUUUUCAUUGUUUUUUUGUUUUUUUUUUAUUCCUUUUCUUUGUUUUAACCAACAACAUUAAUUUAAGCACUGAUGUUUGGACACAUGAAGACAAAUUUGUUCUCCUCUAAAUGAGCAGCAACCGUUACUUCAAUGCUGUACCUCUCUCUGACCCUUGUAGAAUUCCCAAACCCUUCUUCCUCGCUAGGACUUGUAGAAAAUGUGUCCCAUGCCAUGUAUUUGUGUCUGGUGUACAGCUGACCGUACAGUAGUUUGACAAUGUUGCUCUAGCAUUUCAGCAAUGUCUUUUUUUAUUAUUAUUAAUAUUAUGGAAAGUGCUCACUGAUGAGAUUUUUUAAGUGGUUUUAAAAACCAAUAAACUUUUGUAAGUACCUGAA